AUGAAGUUCCUAACCUGGAAUGUCAGGGGCUGCAAUGCCCCUGACAAGUGUCGUCUGGUCAAAAGAGGUUUUGAUCAGGCCAAGCCGGAAGUAAUUUGUAUUCAGGAAACUAAGUUGGGUCGUGGUGGUGCUGCUUGCAUUUUCAAGGUUAGGCAGAAAUGGUCGGGUCACUUUGUGGAUUCUGAUGGGGCGUCAGGUGGUUUGGACAUUCUGUGGAAUUCGUUGGCUAUUCAUGUGGAAGUUGUGUCAAGCUCUAAGUAUUGGCAGAUGGUUAAGGUGAUUUCGAAGACAAUAAAUUUCUCUUGCUUUCUUGUUAAUGUCUAUGGGUCGAUUUUGGCCAUAAAGAAGUGCAAAUUAUGGGAGGAUGUCUCUAGACGCCUUGAGGAAGUGAGGCCCCUUUUAGCCAUUGUGGCUGGAGAUUUCAAUGCCACUCUCUCUUCCUCUGAGAAGCGUGGAGGGGUGAGGAGAUUGAGAUGGUUACAUUUGGAUUUCCAAUCCUUUGUUAACGACAACGCUCUUCUAGAAGUGGUUGCUAAAGGAGGGGAUUUCACUUGGAAUAAUAGGCGUAGAGGUUUUUCCAAUAUUGCAGAGAAAUUGGAUAGAUUCUUCCUUGCAGGAGAUUGGAGUGUUGCCCUUGUUGUUUUUGAGGCUGAGGUUCUUGCUAUUUCAGGGUCAGACCAUUUUCCGGUCUCCUUGAUUGUGCAGAAUGAUGCUGUCCCUAUUCGAUGUCCCUUUAAGAUGGAAAAGAUGUGGUUUAGGGAACUGAGUUUUAAAGAGAUUGUAGUGGGGUGGUGGAAGGAAGCCCCAGUGGUGGAUGGGUUCAUGGCCUAUCAAUUUUUCAAAAAGCUUAGCUAUGUGAAGCAGGAAUUAAAAUCUUGGAAUAGGGAGGUGUUUGGUAAUAUUUUUGAUGAGAAGAGAAGACUCGAAGGUGAUCUGGGGGCCUUGAAUGCUAAAGUCAUGGUAGAUGGAAUGGAUGAAGUGGAUUUCCUGAUGGAGAAAGACCUUCUUAGUAGGUACGGUGAAGUUUUGCAAAGAGAGGAGAUCUAUUGGAAACAGAAGUCGCGUGUUAAUUGGCUGAAAGCGGGUGACAGAAAUAGGAAAUUCUUUCAUAGUUUGGUGAAAGCGAGGUAA